AUGUCCAAGCUUGAUGGUUAUCACAUCAUGAGAAAUACUUCCCAAAUAUCGAGACACUUCAAUUGUGGAGCACUCGCGAUGAAAAUUUUGGCAACGGAUUUACAUAAAUAUGGCAGUAACAUCCCAUUAACAGUAACAGCAAUUGGAGAUGGCUGUUUUGAUAAAUGUGAAACAUUGGAAAGUUUCACAAUCCCAUCAAAUGUGAACUCAAUUGGAAGAUUUUGUUUUCGUGAUUGCAGCAGUCUUAGUAAUGUGAUGAUACCUUCAAUAAUAACAUCACUUGGUAGUUUGUGUUUCAGUGAGUGUACCAGUCUAAGCAGUGUGGUAAUACCAUUUUGUGUACCAUUAUUUGGUUAUCACUGUUUUUGUUGGUGUAGCAGUCUAAGUAGUAUUACAAUACCAACGAGUGUGACAUCGCUUGGUGGAGAAUGUUUCCUUGGGUGCACAAGUUUGAUAAGUGUGGAUAUUCCAUCAAGUGUGUCAUUCAUUGCAUAUAGAUGUUUUGGAGAAUGUUACAGUCUAACCAGUGUGACAAUACCAUCUAGUGUGUCGUCGCUUGAAAAGGGAUGUUUUGAUGAAUGUGAAAAACUAAGUGGUGUGACUAUCCCAUCGAGUGUGAUAUCACUUGAUGAUUUUUGUUUCUGUUGUUGUAGAAGUUUAAGUGAUGUGACUAUACCAUCUAGUUUGUCAUUACUUCCUUAUAAUUGUUUUGAAAAAUGUGACAAUCUAAGUAGUGUGAUAAUACCAUCAAGUGUUACAUCAAUUAAGAGUGAUUGUUUUGUUGAAUGCCCUCGUCUUAGCAGUUUAACUAUACCAAGAAGUGUUCAAAAUUUUAAUGAUCAUUGGUAUUCAUCAAACACAAUUAUUCAUUACGAGUAA